UGUUUGAGAACAAGGACAAGAUCGUGAUCGUGAUGGAGUACGCCAGCAAGGGCGAGCUGUACGACUACAUCAGCGAGCGCAGGCGCCUGAGCGAGCGAGAGACGCGACACUUCUUCAGACAGAUAGUCUCCGCCGUACAUCACUGCCACAAGAAUGGAGUGGUGCACAGGGAUCUAAAACUGGAAAAUGUGCUACUGGAUGAAAACUGUAAUAUUAAGAUUGCUGACUUUGGGCUGUCGAACCUCUACCACAAGGACAAGCUGCUGCAAACCUUCUGCGGCAGCCCGCUCUACGCUUCGCCAGAGAUCGUCAAUGGGAGACCGUACCAUGGGCCAGAG